AUGGUCAUGUGGCUAAGCAAAUGUUCUCUUUUCAAUGUGGGAACCAUAUUUCUAUGUUUGAUUUUGUUGCUCCUAAUUGUUAUCGAUCCUACCAUGCAAGCAUAUGAUCACCAUACCAACAACAAAGCUUCCAAGUUUGUAGAGCAUUUUCUGGGUUCCAGAAAAGGCGAUAAUAUGAUCGGAAUCCAUCACAUUAAGCAAUACUUUGCAAAAUAUGGUUACCUUAGCCCUUCUCAUGUUCAAACCGAUAGCAACAAUGAUGGCCAUUUCAACGAUGAACUAGAAGCUGCGGUAAAAAAGUACCAAGUCUUCUUCCAUCUCAACGUAUCUGGAGUUUUAGAUUCAAAAACAUUGUCUUUGAUGGGAACCCCUCGUUGCGGGAAUUCAGAUCAUGAUGCAGAUAGAACUCUUCAACAACACAACAUAACCAAAUCAUUUUAUGUUUUACACCCUACUAAAUGGAAUAAACGCAACCUAAGUUUUUCUAUUAAGCCAGGAACACGACCAGAUGCUACAGACCCAAUUAAUAGUGCUAUAGCUGCAUGGGACAGGGUGAGUGCACUCACAUUUGUUGGUGAUGAGUUCUCUAAGGCUGACUUGAAAUUCAGUUUCUUAAAGGGAGAACAUGGAGAUAACAAUCCUUUUGAUGGCCCUGGUAACGAAUUGGGACACAGUUUUUAUCCACCUAAUGGAAAUAUUCACAUCGAUGCAGAUGAGAAAUGGGUGGUCGGAAAAUUUACCGGUGGAGUUGAAUUUGAUAUCUAUACUUUGGUCCUACAUGAAAUAGGUCAUGCUAUUGGACUUGAACAUAGUAGUGUUGAAUCUUCUAUUAUGUGGCCAGUUCAAUUUCCAGGUACGAUAAAAGACCUAGGGAAGGAUGAUAUUGAUGGAAUAAAGGCAUUGUACCCUUAA